ACGGAUUCCGCGCACAAUAAUUUGUCUAAAACUGAUCUUUUUAUAUCGCAAACGGCAAACCCUCACCCGAGUCCCGCGGAGGUCUUUGCUCAGCCUCAGCUUCUAAAUUUGAUGGCUCCUUGAACUCCCGCAGCCAUGCGGCCACGUCUCCUCCACCGCCGCAUCAUCUCCUACCUCCAAGUUCGCAGCCUCUCUACCGCACCCUCCCAACUCGAACCCCUCAACCUCCUCCCUCUCAAUUCCGCCUCCACCUCUCCCAAGUCUCCGCCUUCCGUCCUCAGCCUCGCCGCCGGCGAUCCCAAGCAGCGCGCCUUGUCCGCUAUCUCGCUCCUCAAAUCCGAGACCGACCCCUCUAGCAUCAUUAACAUCUGCCGCACCGCAUCUCUCUCCCCCGCCCACUACCUCGGCCGCGCCGCCCUCUCGGUCGCUGUAUCCUCCCUCUCUUCGUCCCCCCACCACCUCCGCUCACUCCUCGCGCCUCUACUCCACUCCGAUCACCAUCUUCCUCAUGCCAUUUCCCUCUUUGGCCUCGCCGGUCUCCUCGACGACGCCCUCUCCGCCUUCCGCUCGUCCCCUUCUCUCCGCUCUCUCAAUGCCCUCCUCUUCGCUUGCAUCCUCUCCAAUAAGCAUCCCCAAGCUGGUGAAUUCUUCCGCGACUUCCCUGUUUCCUACCGUAUUAAACCUAAUAUUGUCACCUACAACACCGUCAUCAAGGCCUUCUGCGAGUCUGGAGGAUCCAGAACGUUUUAUUCCUAUUUAGACGAAAUGGUUCGUAAAGGAAUCAAGCCGAAUCUGACUACAUUCAGCAUCUCUCUCUCUGGGUUUUAUCGCGAGGAACGGUUUGAUGAUGUGAAGAAGGUUCUUUGGCUGAUGAAAAAACAUGGCCGGCAUGCGGGGUUGUCGAUUUAUAACAUUAGGAUUCAGAGCUUGUGCAAGCUUGGGCGACCGGAUGAGGCCAAGGAGUUGUUGAGGGAUAUGAGAGUUAGGCGUCUGGAACCGAAUUGGGUGACUUACGAUCAUUUGGUGUUAGGUUAUUGUUGCAGAGGAAAUCUGGAGGAGGCAAAGAGGUUGUUUGAAGAAAUGGGGAGGAGAGGUUUGGUUCCGCAGAGCAGCUGCUAUUUUAGUUUGGUGCACUAUCUUUGUAAAGGUGGGGAUUUUAGUUCGGCUCUUGCGAUUUGCAGGGAGAGCAUGGAAAGGAACUGGGUGCCACGGUUCUCUACGAUGAAGGUGCUUGUCGAUGGGCUUGUGGGAGCUUCACAGGUCAAGGAGGCAAGGGAGAUUGUGGAAAUGGUAAAGGGAAAAUUCUCAUGGAAUGUCGAAUUGUGGAAUAAGAUUGAAGAUAGCUUGCCUAUGUAGAUUGUGGAACGUUGAGGUGUAAAAAAUUUGCAGAGAAAGAGAGAGGACUUGAAAAGAUGCAUUAGGAAAAAGUUAAGAUUGGGGAAGCAGAAAUUCUUCUCCAAGGACAUCUGCUUGGAUGCUGACAAUGAUCAUCAGUUUGGUCUCAAAGACGCUUGAUUGCCAGAAUCUCACUCAGCUGCUCCAUUGUUACAACCAGUUUCUUCAUUACCUGCAGUUUGAUCAGUUAAAAUCUUGGGAUCAGCUGAAAAUAUUGUGGCCUCAGUCUGCAACUGCCGCCGCCAUUUUCUUCUUUGCAUAUAUCUCCCAUUGAUGAUCUUUGCUGUCUGUUCAAAUCUCCAGUUGUCGUAAUCUUCUUCUUGACACCAAAUCUUUGAUGGCCAAGUUGUUUGUGCCCAAAUGCCUUUCUAAUAUUACUUCAGCGUUUCUUGGAAUUGAUAUGGCCUUCGUCCACCAUGGAAGACAACUAGCAUAUUUCCAGAGUAGGAAAAAUUAGAAGCCAUAGAUUGGAGAUGGCAUUGCAAUGGAGAAUUUGACUCACAAGAGGAUACAAUGAAGAAAAAGGAUUCAUGUAACAGACUACAUGAAGUAAGAUAAAGACUCGGCUUUGUUAAUAUGGUUGCUGAACCGAACAUUUAAUAUUAUUUUAAACUGUCAAUUGCAUUUCAGAAUUUAUAUCGGGCAUCUUUGCCCAAUGGCCAUUGGACGUUGGCUUUCUCUUUGUUGGUUCCUUCUUUCAUCAUUCCGACUGCUCUUUUGGGCUCACCUAUCGAAUUCUUGAGGGUGGCUCUAUUAUGUAUUCGCUGUAUUCUGCUUAUGCAUGGAAGUUUCAUUUUGUGAUGUUGGGCUCUAA